AUGAGAGAGGAGAGAGGAGAGGAAGAAGAAGGCUGCCGAAAAGCGAAGAUGAAAGACAAGAAGAAGAGCAGUAGUGCGAAAGGGAGUAAGGGAGUUGAUCCACACUCACAGGGUCAUGGGAAAAAACGUCCUCUACAGCAAAGUGCGAGCCAACAGAAGAAGAGGAGACUCGAAGAAGAGCAUAGAAAUCUACGGCAGACCAUCCACAGAAGUGCGACCGAUGCAGGCAAGGUCCGCAAACAGUGCCUGAGGAAGUACGUGCCGGAUCGGGAGCUGACCAUAGACGAGGCAAUGAUCCGGUACAAGGGAUUCAAGGCUAGUGUCCGCAAGUUUUUCAUGCCCCUGAAGCCAAUUCGUGCCGGCUUCAAAGUUUACGCCAUCGCCGAAUCAGCUACAGGGUUCAUUCUAAACUUCAUCGUCCACCCUCACGGUCAAAAGCCUGCGAAGAUGUUGGACAUCACAAUGGACACGGCACAAUUUCAUCUAAACGCAUACCACCACUUGUACACUGACAAGUUAUACACUUCAAUCCCCUUGGCACGACAUCUUCUCAGCAAAAAGAUGUACCUGACCGGAGCCAUCAAAGGCAAUAGCAAAGGCCUUCCCAAAGAUUUUAACAGUGAGAGGGUGAAGAGGACGAGCAGCAACCCUCGGGGCUCCUUCUCGACACGCCAGAACGGUCAGCUGACUGUUGCUGCUUGGAAGGACAGCAGAGUGAUGCUGCUUCUAUCUUCAGCACAUCAAGGGUGGAGAGACCCUCAGGAGCACUCCGUGCAGCGAAAGAUCGCAGAUGAUGGCACUGGACGCCUCGAGAAGAAGACCAUCUCUGCACCUCCACAGGCAAUCGACUACACACGCUACAUGGGAGGGGUUGAUCCAAGCAACAGUCUGGAAAGCUCCGAUGAAGAUGAAAGUGCCCCCACCCACUCCAAGUUCAUCUUGGAUGUUGCAACAGAGCUGAUCGACGGGUAUGCCCAAGGCAGAGCUAAGGUCCAGUUAUAUGGUUCCAAGAGGGUGAAAGCCAAGAACGCCCUUGGACACACAUCUACUAGGAUGCCAGGUCGCUACGCACAUUGGUGUCGAUGGUGCAGACUGCACAACGGAGUGACCAAGUCAAGAAGAACCAAGACGGCGAGACGAGGGUGUCAAGCGUGUGGGGUCUACCUGUGUGCUGGACCGUGCUUUAUCAAGUACCACUCUCUUGAAAGCAGCAAAGACGCAGGGAACACCACCAGCACCACCUACAACAAUGAGUAG